AAACAAAUAAAACAAAUCCAGUGAAAUGGUUGGGCGAGUUUGGAAAGGGAGUCAAUAUUGGAGCCGAAGAGUUGGACCUAAAGAAUGAGUUGUUUGAAGUCAAUAAAUUCAAUCUAUUGGCCAGCGAUAGGAUUGCAUUCAACAGAUCCAUUCCAGACGUCAGAUUAG